AUGGAAGGUGUUGCUCAACGUGGUGCCGGAAAUUUCCGUGGUGGUAUUUAUCCUCAGGACUCCCGGUUCCCCUGGUUGAUAUCUCGGUUCUUUCAAGGGUGUCAAGUGCACCCACAUUUACAUCAUCUAUGGCUUCAUAUGAGCGAGUCUUCGUUAGUUGGCGCUGUCAGUGAUAUUAUGGGCUCAUUGAUGCAAGGGUACUGUCCACAACUGCGACUCCAUCAGCGGUCACAGCCUCCUGUGUCUGACGCUGCUGCUGCCUCAGUCUGCUACAUGGUCUUAGAACUCAGAUCACAUUUUGAUGGCCAGUCAACUUUCAAUCAUCCCUUAUGGAUCUCUAUACUAGGAAACUCCCAACGCUCAAUCAUCCUUCUAGUGGUUCCUAUAGUAGGAAAGUCUUUUCUGUUCGACGAUGCAGCUUCUCGUAUAAACAUCAUCCGAAUCUCGAACUCACUAGGCAUUGAAUUGCUCGAUGCCUACAUAGGACUUCUUCAGACAGAAUUACAGGUCCUAUCAUUUUUAUGCAAAAACCGAGUUUAUCCUGGGGAUCUUUGGGAAAUUGUCGGGGAGCGCAUAAUAGAAGCGAAACAGGAGUCAAUAUUGCGACAACACCAGAUCAUUUGCGCUGAUAAUGGAUUCACAAACACAAGACACAUCGUUGUAGAGCAUCUUCUAAUGGAGGAGAGGAGGAAACGGGGACAAAUGGAGGUGUCUUUGUAUAGCCAGGCCCUUGAAUACUUGCAGCAGCACUGCAUGCUCAAACAUUCUGCGUAUCCGGUGAAGCGGGACGUCCGAUCUUCAGCAACCUCAAGUCAUCCUGUGGACCGCAGAAACUUGAGCUGUUCAACGGCUACGCAAGAGAAAUGCGAAGCAUGGUUAAAGAGACGAUACACCUACCCCCUCCAGGAUGCUGAACCUUUGAUGGGAAAUUGCUCUUUUAUGGGCGGAAUUGCCUGUUCAGUACCUGGAUUCUCUUCAGCACCUGGAUUCGCUACUAUGCACGAAGCCAAACACAAAUCCGACAUCUCGAAUUGCAUCGGACCUUUAUUGCCCCUGGUGAACUCGUUGGUCACCGUUGACGUUCAACAAGCGUUCUACGAUGCACUAUGCACAGAACAAGCUUGUCAGGCAGGGCUGGUGGCACGUCCUCUCACUGUUAAUCUGUAUCAACGCAACAUCGAGUUAGAGAUGCUCAUCUUGCGGGCCAAGAUGCGCCGCGCCAAAGCUGAGAUAGAGCUCUAUACAGUGGCCAUUCAAAAUGCUCGCGAAUUGGACUUCUCUGACAACACUAGUGUCUCGUCUUCCGCCAGUGAAUUUAUACCGCCCCCUCGACCAGAUGAAUUGUGUUUUUAUGACGAGGACCGUGAUGAUGUGACGGACGACUUUGAUGACUUUGAAUUUUGA